AUGUCGAAAAAUUCUCAUACAAAUACUCCAGGUCCUUCGGGGUCUGCUCCUCCACCUCCACAACAACAGAUUAAGCCAACAACUUCAACUCAACCAACUGAUUCUUACAUACCACCUUAUUUAACAAAUUUAGUACCUUCAUUGCAUUCUUAUGAAGAAUUAAAGCAGAUGGAAAAAAAAUUAGAUAUUUAUUUGGCACGCAAAAGAAUAGAUUUACACCAAUCUGUUUCUCAAUGGAAUAAUUCUAAAUCAUCUCCAUCAACCUCAAUUAAUAAUACUCAAUAUUUGCGUGUUUUCAUUUCAAAUGUUUCUGAAAAUCAACCUUGGCAAAUAGAUCAAAACUCAACAUCCGCACAACCUUCAAAUACAGAUGAUGCAACACAUAUAUCAAAUCCAAAUCAAUCCCAACAACAACAGAAUCCAUUGAAGGAAGCUCCUUCUUGGACAAUGAGAGUUGAAGGGAGACUCUUAAAUGAUCAAGCAGUAGAUGAUCCAAACAGACCAAAAUUUAGUUCUUUCAUUCAAGCCAUUGCUGUUGAUUUUAAACGACCAGAACCAGAUAAUGACGAAGACGAAGAUGUUGAUAUGACCAGUGAUGAAGCUAAUUCAGAUUCAAUAAAUUCUAAUAAUAACAGUAAUUCUAAUAACAAUGAUACAAACUCUUUAAAUCUUACAUUACCUUUACAAUUACCACAACAGUCUUCUAAUACCAAUAAUCCAAAUUCAAAUCAACAACCAUCAGCUUCCACAACAAAUAAGACUUUAAAUAACUCUGAUAAUAUAACAGGCUCAAAUGUUAUUACUGAUGCAGUUGAAUGGCAAUAUGAUCCUAAGAAAUUAGUAGAAUUUGAUGGUUUAGACAUUAAAAGGUCUGGUAGCGAAAACAUUCAAUGCACUGUUACAAUUCAACUUAGAAACACUACUGGCUCACGUUUAGAAUAUUCACCAGAAUUGUCUUCAAUUAUUGGUAUUAGGAAAGGAUCGUUACAUGAUGCUGUUUAUUCUUUAUACAAAUAUAUUUUGAUAAACAAUUUAAUUAUCAACAAUGAGAAUGAAAAUAAUAGCUCUAGUUUAACUUUUGGCUCCAAUAAUGAUAAAACUAAUGGUGAUAGUACAUUUAUUCAAUUAAAUGCAGACUUACUAAAUUUAUUACCCGACAACUCUCCAUUAAAAAGAGAAUCAACUGCUAUACUGGAGGAUCUAAUAAACAAUUCACAACUUGAUAACGAUAUGGAGAAUAGUGAUUCUCAAAAUAAUAACCAACAACAACAACACCAACAAGAAAAGCAAAAGCAGAAAUUACCAACCAUUAAACUACCCGAGCUCCUACCAUUAAUUAAUAAUCAUAUUUUUCCUUUACGCCCAAUAAAAGUAGAUUAUACAAUCAGAACAGACAGAACUUCUACGUAUGGUGACGUAGUUUUUGAUGUUGAAGUCCCAAAAUCAGCCAAGGAUCAGGAGCUAGGUGAUUUGGUUACAGAUGGCAUGUCUUUAUUAAGUGAAUUUAACCAAUUAUCAAAUGAUUUAAAACCUAAACUGCAAACUUUAGAUUCUCAACUGGGUACUUUACACCUAGAAUUAAAUGCUUCUGCAGCUAAAUAUCAAUUCUUCAGUAAGCUUGCUGAUGAUCCUGUAUCCACAUUACAAGAAUACAUUGCGUCAACUGCAAACGCCCUUAAAGUAUUAUCAGGUGAUGAGGGUUUCAAUGAAGAUACAGUUAGAAGAUCACAAUUCUAUCUUGAUAAUGAAGAUGUACUAUUUGAAAAUCUUGGCGUAUUAUUAGCUAACGGAAGAAUGUAA